AUGUCGUGUACGCAUGAUCACAACUGUGAGGAUCAUGAGUGUUCCUCCGAUUGGUCACUCUACAAGCACAUUGAUCUCUCCAAGGUGUCUGCUCUGAACGAGUCUGUUUCCGGAAGUGUAAAAUCAGUCUUCAAAGCAUGGGAACAGCGAUUACACUCUUCUGGGGAGCAUUUGGAGAGCAAUGAGGGAGACCCGGAAUUACUUGUCUUUGUACCAUUCACAUCAGACGUCAAAAUCAAGAGCAUAUCAAUUGUAGGUGGCCCUGAUGGAAGAAGUCCUUCUAAGUUGAGAGUGUUCAUCAAUCGCGAAGGUAUUGACUUCUCAGACGCUGAGAGUAUGCAAGCCGUUCAGGAAUGGGAAUUAGCUGAAAAUUUGCAAGGAGUCUUAGAAUACCAAACCAGGUAUUCGAGAUUCCAGAGCGUUGGAAACAUGACAUUGCAUUUCCCUGAGAGUUUUGGAGGUGACACAACGCAAAUACAUUAUAUCGGGUUUAAAGGUGAAGCAACUCAGUUGAAAAGAGAUGUUGUUGCGACAAUUGUAUAUGAGAUAAGACCGAAUCCUUCAGAUCACAAGACAAAGUCUGAGACUGGUGGAGGUUUCUCACAAGUUGAGUGA